AUGACAACAGAAGUCGAAAAUGGUCAGGAAGCAACGCCUGAGAAGACAGAUUCUUCAGUUACCGCGUUGCCAAUAGAAAAGAAAGAGGAAGGACCCGACGAAGAGGAAUCAGAAGCAGAAGAAAUCGACUCAGACGAUGAUUCGGACGACGAUGUAAAUAUUAUGAUCGGAGAUAUCGACGGCGAAGCUGUUAUAAACAUAAACCCAGUACAAAGAUGCAAACAGCGAAGACAAAAAGACAAGACGCCUCAGCAAGCAGAAGUGCUCAUUACUUCUUCAAGCGGAAAAUUGAUCCCAAAUCCUGAAAUAGAUGCACUCACGGAUAAGCCGUGGCAAAAGCCUGGCGCUGACUUAUCAGAUUAUUUUAAUUACGGAUUUGAAGAAACCUCAUGGAGAAAGUACUCGGAGAAGCAGAGAACGCUCAGAGAUCGAGCUUUGCUCCUGCUACGGACAAGGACGAACAUAGCUCAAUUUGCGCCACCUGGAAUGCCGUUCCUUCCAAUGGGACCAUCGCCUAUCAAAUCUGAAAACUUCAACAGAUCUAACCCGCCUCCAGUUAUCAGUUCCAACGGCAGUUUACCAGUAAAUGCCAGCAUGGGUGACCGCAGAGGACCACCAGAUAUCAAAUCAGACAAGGACAGUGGCCCACCGCCGCACCUCAUGCCGCCUCGAUUCGGCAUGCCACCUGGUAUGCCUCCGCGACCAGGGAUGCCAGGAAUGCCGGCGAUGCCGCCUGGAAUGCCGCCUUUUGGCUUUCCCCCGCGGCCGGGUAUGCCUGGCAUGCCUCCCGGAAUGCCUCCUGGCUUUCCUCCAGGCUUCAACCCAGAGACAGAUCAGAGCGCCGUCGGAGAGACGAUGACCGAGGUGGUAGUGACAGAAGCCGCUCGCGGCGCCGCUCACGAGACCGAUCAAGAGACAGAGAUCGCUCCAGAGACCGCGACAGAUCGAGAGACAGAAGCUCUAGAAGAAGCGAUAGGCGAUCCCGCUCAAGAUCGCGCGAUCGAGACAGAGAUCGACACCGUAGAAGAUGAUUUAUUAAAAUUUGUACUGCCAACUGUCGAAGCUCUGUUUUUGUCGAUUCAAAACAUGUUUGGAUCGAUGGAUAACGAUCAGCUAGAGCAGGGCAAUGGGGACACCAAGGAACUCGCUUCCAAGAUGGUCCUCAUUCAGAACAAGCGAUUUUACCUUGAUGUCAAAAAGAACGACCGCGGAAUGUUUGUUAAAGUAGCGGAAGUGUCCCCAGGGGGCAACAAGUCCCGAUUGACGCUUUCGAUGGCUACUGCAGCCGAAUUCCGCGACUUGUUGGCUCGGUCCUUCGGAUCCUGCUCAGCCAGCAGAAGAAAGACAGAAGCCACUGAAGACGGAGCGUCUUCACCGAGAGAGCCGACGAUACUUUUGGAUCUGAAAGAGAACAAUCGCGGACGAUACCUUCGUAUCCGACAGCAAACUGCCUACAACGGACAGGGCCAGGUCCAGAACCAAGGCCCGCCACCCCAGAUUGUUCUCCCAGCCCAAGGGAUGAUUGAAUUCCGAGACACCCUGACUGGAUUGAUUGACGAGUACGGACAGAUCGAAGAAGAUCAGUUUGAAUUACCAAAGCCUCAUGUGAUUGGCGAUAAGCGAAACAAGCAGUUUUUCCUUGACGCUGGUCAAAAUCAGCGAGGAGUCUUCUUGAGAAUCACCGAGCAGACUCGCUAUUAUCGUCAGGCUAUUACAAUUCCGGAGAAGUAUUUCGGCGCCUUCGCUGACUACUUCUGCCAAGCAGCUGAUAAAAUGGAAGCCGCUGGUGAGGGAUCAUCCCACACUGGCAGUUUGAAUGAAUAA